UGGUAGACCAAAUGAUAGUAGACAGAUUCUAGACGAGUUGGCAAGUGGAUGAAUCGGCAUUAAACGAAUUGGAAAUAAACUGGUGAAAUUAUUUUUUUUAAAUUGGGCAUCCCAAAAUUAGGUCCCCGUGUCUUAAAAAAAGUGUUUGUGUCCAAGAUAAAAUUUUCAUCUGAUUGCAUAACAUUUCAUGUUCUUUUUAGCAGAUUGACUGACAGCAACCACAAUGGAAGUGUCUAAUGCCUAUUACGGUCAAACCUAUAAAUCCGACAGAGGUUAUGUGACACCGAUCAUUGAUCAAAUGACGUCAUCAUCCAAUACGACCUCCGAUGACAUCACAGAUUAUCAACCCUCCAUCGCGUGGUUGGUCAUCGUACCGCUCGUCGUGGGGACGAUCACGAUCGCCACGGUGCUCGGCAACGCACUCGUGAUGGUGGCUUUCUUCAAGGAUCCCCGCAUCAACAGCCGCGUCGCCAGCCUGCUCAUCUUAAACCUCGCCAUUUCUGAUUUCAUCAUCGGACUAGUGGUUCUCAGUGUUAACCUUUCUUGGAUCACGUGGAACGAGUGGCUUGGCGGGGAGUUCUGGCUUCUUGGAGAAGUCUUCUGCAAAAUAUGGCUGAUCAUCGACAACACGGCCACGCUGUUGUCCGUAUUCACGAUCAUCCUCAUCAGCCUCGAUCGCUACUGGCUGCUCACAAAGAAACUCCAUUAUCAGACCUUCCAAACGCGGAAGCGUGUCUUGGUGACGAUAACUAUCCUUUGGGUCUCAACCGCGGUUGUCUACACCAUCCUUGCGGUCGGUUGGCCGUACUUCACCGGUGAACGCAACGUCGAUUUCAGUAAAGAAUGUGAACUAGACAUGGCUUACAACGUCUACGCUACAAUCGCGCAGUUGAUUUGCGAGUUUGUUAUACCUCUCAUAAUCAUCAUUUGUCUGAAUAUCGCCGUUUAUAUUAAAAUAAGAAAACGCGCAAAGGGCUUGAGUGAAUUGAAGACACGAUCUAAACGAGAACAGAAUGUAGAUAUAGUAGAAAUGAACCGGUUGCCAUCUCCUAUUGAGUCUCCGGUCUCUUUAUCCCACAUCAGUCUAGUAAACACAUCUGAUUCGAAACAUGAACUACGAGAACAAGUCAACGAAUCAUCAUUUGUCAACGGGGAUGUCAAAGACUAUCAAACGAUGCCUCGUGACCGCGAACUUUCACAGACUUUGAAAAGCGUCGCAGAAGCGCAGAAACGCAAACGGGAGUUCGCACGUCAUCGACGCGCAGCGACAGUCCUUGGAAUUCUAGUGUCAGUGUUCAUUGCGUGCUGGCUCCCAUAUCAAAUUGCAAACAUCGUCAACGCCAUUUGUGACGAGUGCAUAUCGGAUCUUGUUUGGGAAAUAGUAAAUAAUAUCUUAUGGUGUAAUUCGUUCAUCAACCCUUUCUUAUACGCCGCCACCAACGUUCACUUCAGGAGAAAUUUCAUUAUUCUGCUUGGGCUUCGAAAGUGCCGAUGUUUCAGAACAACCAUGCAGGUGGAAGUUCGUCCAAGCUCAACAGUUGAACAAAUCAGACAGAGGUAUCGUAAUACCCAACAAAAGUAAUAAGAUCAUUCGUAAAACAGCGCUCCACUAUUGAACUGCGCGCUGAUAACACUAAUAACAUGACCACUGUGAGUCUACUGAGAGCCGAAUCAUAUCUUGAUCCAAUGACUGAAUAGAAAGUAACAAUUUGUAAACUUAUAUCAUUUUCUAAAUCAUGGAACACUGAAUGAAAGAAUAUUAGAUUACAUCUCUUUUUGCUAGCUAUAUCUUCAGUGGUGUAUUGGGAGUUGACAUGGUGGCGGGCAUGGUGGGGGCCGGGGGUGUAAAUUGCUAAUUCGUCCACUCACCACAUGGUCUACCUUCAUUUAGUCCAAUGCCAUUCCGUCCACCAACAUUUAAUUGUUUAAUCACCAGUUCGCUUAUUACCAUUUCGUCUAUCAAUCAGUUGGUCUAAUACCUUCUAAAAAUAUCUUCUUUUUAUUCAUUGCGCACAAAUA